AUGUCUUCCACAUUACCAAGAACCUCGCAGCGUUUGCUGUCGUCCCACUCAGCAGGCCACUCUCCCCUACAACGCGUUGCUCAAGUCAGACGGCAUCUCUCCACCAGUCCUGCUUCGAGGGGCGAGAUCCGGGACGCAUACAUCCUCAGCGCCGCCCGGACUCCUACCGGCAAAUUCAACGGCUCCUUUGUCCCAGUCCCCGCCCCCCAACUCGGCGCAACAGCCAUUACCUCCGCCCUGAAGAAGUCCGGCGUUCCCGCGUCCAAGAUUACCGAUGUUUACAUGGGCAAUGUUCUGCAAGCCUCCGUCGGACAGUCACCUGCUCGGCAAGCUUCCAUGCUCGCUGGCCUCUCCCCUUCGGUGGAUGCAGUCACCAUCAACAAAGUAUGUGCCUCAGGCUUGAAAGCCGUGGUAUUUGCGGCACAGAAUAUACAAUUGGGCCUCGCGGAAGCACAAGUUGCAGGAGGCAUGGAGAAUAUGAGCCGUGUACCUUAUUAUAUGCCCAGGUCAAAUCAGCAUCCGCCUUUCGGGACUAUUAGUAUGGAGGACGGACUGAUUAAGGAUGGGUUGUGGGAUGUUUAUAAUCAAUUCCACAUGGGUGUUUGUGCUGAAGAAACCGCCAAGAAACACAACAUCUCUAGACAAGAGCAGGAUGAGUAUGCGAUUCAAAGUUUCCACCGUGCACAGAAAGCGUGGAAGGACGGUAAGUUUGCUGAUGAGAUUGCGCCUGUGACGAUAAAAGGGAAGAAAGGGGAGACGGUCAUUGAAAAAGACGAGGGCUACGAUAACCUGAGGGAAGAGAAGGUGCCCACACUCAAGCCUGCGUUUGUGAAGGAUGGCGGAACAGUCACGGCAGCGAACUCGUCAACUUUCAACGACGGUGCCUCAGCGCUAGUCUUGGGCAGCAAAGACGUUGCAGCUGAAUAUGGCUCCGGCAGCCGUGUCCUCGCCCGCAUCGUUUCUUCCGCCGACGCAGCAGUCGAUCCGGUGGAUUUUCCCGUCGCGCCCGCUAAAGCUGUACCGAUCGCGCUGGAAAGAGCGGGAAUCUCGAAAGAUCAAGUUUCGGUGUGGGAAUUCAACGAAGCGUUUGCGGCCGUUAUCAAAGCGAACCAGAAGAUUCUGGGCUUGGAUGGUGGGAAUGUAAAUAUGCUUGGUGGUGCGAUAAGUCUGGGUCAUGCGCUAGGGAGCUCGGGGAGUAGGAUAUUGACGACGCUGUUGCAUCAGUUGGAGGUGGGGGAGUAUGGAGUCGCUGCUAUCUGCAAUGGGGGCGGGGCGGCAACGGCGAUGGUUGUGCAGAGAAUUGGGAAAGUCUGA